AUGUCGGUCCCUGGCAUCGCCCCUGGGCUCGAUACGGAUAGCGACCAUAUACAAAGAAGGUCUGAACAGCAGGGCAUUGGCGUGGCAUCUAGUUCCCGCCCCUGCGUCCAGCGCGCUACCCGCUACAGUCCUCCGCCGAUAGAGGAGGAAGACGAAGGUAUCGCUCCGAUACCUGAUCCUUUUCUGCUUUCAUCUGAAACCUCUGAGGAAAGCUCUGAGGAAGGCUCUGAUGGCACCUCGGAUGAUGGGGAGUCAAUCUCUAGGGAUAAACAUGGCUUUGUCAACCGCUUGCCGCCAGGCUUCCCUAAAGGAAAAAGGCCCAUUCGGAUCAAGUAUACAGGUGUCCAAGGCUUCUUGGCCAGUGUGUACCAGCAGUACGACCUGUUAUGCCAGCACAAAACCGGAAACCAGCUCCUUGAGUUUUCUGGAGUGAGUGACGCUGAUUUCAGUUUCCUGUCAGCGGAUAGCACACGCCUUUGCAAAUCUCCAAAGUUCCAGUACUUCCCCAAUUCUCGAAUCUUACGUGUCAAUAUCACUGUCUGGAACCACGAGAUUCUGAUUUCCCUACUACGGCGGCUCAUCGAAAGACAACUUGUCGCAAUGAACGUCGACGACGAGUGCAUGACGUUUGAUUCGCCGAUGAAUGUACUUGGCGAUUGGGUCAAAGAACCAGAUCUCUGUUGGUCCCUUAUGACCUCCUCUGGCCAACUAAGAUGCGUUGUUGAGGUUGGAAUAUCCGAAUCUGCCAGACAACUUUCCAUCGAUGCACGCGGGUGGUUAGAAGCACCUCGCUCGUCGGUGCAAGCCGUCACUACUGUUUCUUUCAAGUAUGUCGAUUUAGGGAAUGAACCGAACCUGUUCACAAUCGCCGUAUGGGAGCCUGUGGAUCGCAUUAGGAGUGCCGACACUCGCCUCUCCCCUCUCAAUAUUGCUCGUACAGCCACUCUGGAUGUAUGGAACGUCGCUGGUAAUUUGACAGCUUCCGGAUUUGUUGUCAAAGAGAAGAUACGCAGAGGACUGUGA